GAAAAACGCCAUACUCACUAAGAGCCCCAGCUUGGCGUUUCAUGGCGUAAGCUUUAUCUUGCUGCCAACGAUCUCUGACAUGGCGCUAUUAGUCAAAUGAAUCUUGGAAACAUCUGUUUCAGGAAGGUCCCAAGACUCCAGACAAAGACUAUUUACCUAGUCUUCAGGACUUGAAGUGGCCGCCCACGAUGGCAUGUGCCGAGAUGUCUUUCGGCAGUCCCAGUUGCGACAAUGCGCACAAUAGACGCGUGUCGCCAAGACUCUCAAGAAGAGGAACCUUCUGUUCGAAGAAAUUCUGGGAUAUGGCGUGCACUGCUCAGCUCUUGGCGACAUACACAAUAGGAAGUUGGCGAACCGAUAUUUACUUAAUGGUAUAGGGUAAACGAUUUAGCAACCAUUGUACCGAUAUCAUGAACCUCGAGUAAGAUGUCUAUAAAUACCAGGCAUUCUCUCAUUCUUCAAUAGUUGCUCGUCAUCAUCACUACCAUUAUCUUUUCUUCUCUUUAUACAAAAUGGUCAACUUUAAGAAUAUUGCCUCUGCCCUCCUCGCUGCUCUGCCCCUCGGCUUAGCAGCUCCCGCCCCUGCCAGCAACAAUGGCUACAUCAUCACUCUCAAGAAGGACAUUGCUGCUACUGGUAUUGAGUCCCACAUUGAAUGGGUCAACCAUGUGCACGCCCGCAGCCUUGGUCGCCGCGACCUGAAUCUUGCUGGUGUCGAGAAGACCUACAACGUGGGCAACUUCCACGGCUACGCUGGUGCCUUUGACGAUGCCACCAUUGCCGAGAUCCGCAACAACCCCGAUGUUGCUGCCGUGGAAGUAGACGGUGUCAUCACCAUGUUUGACUUGACCACUCAGUCAGGCGCAACCCACGGCCUGGGCACCAUCUCCCACCGCGAGUCUGGCUCAACCCAGUACAACUAUGACAGCAGUGCCGGAGAGGGCACAUACGCUUACGUCGUUGACUCUGGCAUCCGACUCGACCAUGUGGAAUUCAGUGGCCGCGCAACCAACGGAUACAAUGCCUACGGUGGUACCUUUACUGACCAGAACGGCCACGGUACCCAUGUUGCUGGCACCAUUGGAUCCAACACAUACGGUGUCGCCAAAAAGACCAAUGUGAUUGCCGUCAAGGUCUUUGGCUCCGGCUCUACCACCUCCAACAGCAUCAUCCUGGACGGCCUCCAAUGGGCCAUCAACGACAUUGUCCAAAAGGGCCGCCAGACCCGCGCCGUCAUCAACAUGUCGCUCGGCGGUUCUGCCUCGACUGCCACCGAUAACAUGGUCAAGAGCGCGUUCGAUAGCGGUGUCUUGUGUGUUGUCGCCGCCGGCAACGAGAACCAGAAUGCAGGCAACAUUUCUCCUGCUCGUUCACCCUACGCUCUGACUGUUGCUGCUGUCAACGCCCAGUGGACACGCUGGUUCUGGAACUCUCGACAGGCCAGCAACUACGGCUCUGUUGUAGACAUUCACGCCCCUGGUGAGGAGGUUUUGUCAUUGGCUAUUUCGUCCAACACAGCUACCGUAAGCUUGACCGGCACUUCCAUGGCCUCCCCACACGUUGCUGGUCUCGCUGUGUACUUGAUGGCUUUGGAGAACCUGACUACUCCUACUGCUACUAAGAACCGCAUCAUUGCUCUUGGUACUAAGAACAAGGUGAUCAACAAUGUGUCUGGCACCGUUAACCUUCUCAGCUACAACGGUAACCAGUAAUUGGAGGUACAAGUUUAGGUCGCCACCAUGGUAAAAUGUCAACGCUGAAAAUAAAUAUGAAAGUCCAUGUAGAGCGUAGUAUACAUAGAUGCAUAUACACA